AUGAAGUAUUCUUUCGGCGCCAAGACGUGGCAACACGUCUCUCAGGAAGCUCAGGAGCUGAUCGGAAAGCUGUUGGUUCGCCAGGGCAGCCGGAUGACGGCCGAGCACGCGCUGGAGCAUAGUUGGAUCAAGCAGAAGGCACCGAAAGCGCCUGGGCUUCGAAGCAGUAGCCUGAUCAACCGAAUGCAGCAGUUCCAGGCCGCCAACAGGUUCAAAAAGGUUGCGUUGCAGGUCAUCGCCAGCGAGAUGGACGAUUCGAGCGGCAACGCCUUGCGGGAGGUGUUCCAUGCGCUCGACAAGAACGGUGACGGUUUGCUCACCUUCUCUGAGUUGAAGAGCGGCCUGGAAGAGGCUGGUAUGGGCGAUGUCACUCCCAAGAUGCAACAACUGAUGUCUGGCAUUGACGUCGACGAGACUGGAACGAUCGAUUACACAGAAUUUUUGUCGUCCGCUUUGAACCCAGACGUCUACGAGAAGGAGGACAUAUUAUGGUCGGCGUUUCAAAGAUUCGACCGCGACGGUAGUGGGAAGAUCUCGAAGGCAGAAUUGGCCGCGGUUUUCCACCGCCAGCCAGCGACAGAUGGCAUUGAUGACAGUUCGAGAUCAGACGUCGUGAACGAUAUUUUCAAGGACGUCGAUCGGAACGGCGACGGUGAGAUCGAUUUCGAUGAGUUCAAGAUCAUGAUGCGCAGAUCGAGUUCUGUUUCCGACUGA